AUGGACGUACAUGAUGGAAGCAUAAGGAACUUACUUAAUGCUAACAAUAACUUACCAGGAACUAUUAAAGCAUUUAUAAAGUCCUUUGUAAAACCCGGUGCUCUAACAUUUAGGUCUUUGAGAGCAAGAGCAUUGAAGUCAAGAGAUGCAGAAACUCCAACAGAACCUACAGAAGGAACUGAAACAACAGAAACUCCAGAAGAACCACCAAAACCAACAGCUAAUGAAAUAUUGUUCGAAUAUUUUCCAAGGUACUCUGUUCUCAUUGCAUACAUUCAAGAAAUACUUAAGAAAGCAGACUUGACUUUAGGAGAUGAUGAAAGUUCUGUAUAUCUUUCGUUCCAGUUUCAAAUAGCAGAACUUUUGAGACAGAUAUGUUUAAUGUAUGACAACAUAUCUGAUUUCACAAGAUAUGAUGACGACCAUGACCCCGAACACGGUGAAGAAGAAGUUUUACAAACAUCCAUUAAGACAGGAAAGGUUUUAACACAAAGUCUCAUUAUUGACACCAAAGAUGGCGAAGUGGACGUUCUUCAAGAGCUGAAGAAAAAUACUUCUUCGGGAGGUGGUGGUAGGCAUGAACUUGAAAUAAAUGAGAUAGAAGAGAAAUUAGCCGAAAAAGCAGAUAAAGAACAUAAACACAAUAUCUCCGAUAUAAAUGAACUUCAAGCUACAUUAAAUAGUAAAGCGGACAAAAAUGAACUUGACGCAAUGAACAAAGUUUUGAAAUCUCAUAAACACAACAUCUCCGAUAUAAAUGAACUUCAAGCUACAUUAAAUAGUAAAGCGGACAAGAACCAUGUUCAUUAUAUAACUUCAGACGAACAGAUUAUAACGGACUACCAUGGAUAUUUAACACGAAGUGAUGAAGCGAAGACAAAAAAUGUUAAUGAAAGAAGAUAUAAAUACAUUCGUGCUAAAGGUUAUGACAUAAGCUGUACUGUACAGUAUGAUGUAGCUAAAGCACCAGAAGCAUUUGGUUAUACCG